AUGUCAUUGAAAGACUUUAAGAUGUUAUCUAAACUAGGCGAUGGCGCUUUUUCAAGUGUUUAUAAGGUAAAAAGGAUUGAAGAUCAUCUUGAGUAUGCUUUGAAAAAAGUUAAUCUUAACAACUUAUCUGAUAAGGAAAAACAGAAUGCCCUAAAUGAAGUGAGAAUUUUGGCAUCAAUUCGUCAUCAGAAUAUCAUAAGCUAUAAAGAAGCUUUUCUUGACCCAACCAGUAAUUCCUUAUGUAUCAUUAUGGAACUGGCUUCAGAUGGAGACUUGUUAUAAAAGAUCAAAAAAUAAAUUAAAGCAAAUAGUUCCUUCAAAGAAGCCGAAAUUUUUCGAUAUGCUUUUUAACUAUUAAACGCUUUGAAAUCUCUGCACGAAAUGAAAGUCAUGCAUAGAGAUAUCAAGAGUGCCAAUGUUUUCAUGAUCAAUAACGAAGUCAAAUUAGGAGAUAUGAAUGUAUCUAAAGUUGCAAAACAAGGCUUACUCUACACUUAAACUGGCACCCCCUACUAUGCCAGUCCUGAAGUCUGGAAAGACCACCCAUACGACUGUAAAUCUGAUAUUUGGUCAUUGGGAUGUGUUCUCUAUGAAAUGGCAGCACUUAAACUCCCAUUCCAAGCUGAGGAUAUGGAUGGACUCUUCAAAAAAGUAGUGAAGGGAUUCUAUCCAAAAUUACCAGCCGCUUACUCCUUUGAUCUAUAAAACCUCAUAAGGAUGAUGUUGUAAGUGUCAACAGCAUUGAGACCCACAGCUGUCUAAUUAUUAGAAUUACCCUUUUUCUAGAAAUACAAGCUAAAUACUCCAGAUUCAACUGCUUAAUUACUGAAUACUAUUUAGUUUCCAAAAAACAAGAGUUACAUUAACAUUUUCCCUAAGCCUAAUUAUAAAUUUAAGACUGAAUCAACUGAUAAAGUCGAUCUGGAACAAGUGCAUCGCAAAAGAUAGGCAACCUUGGGAGGUAAUGCUUCUAUUUUCUCAAAUCCCACUAGACUAUCUUAAUACGAAGAAAGCAAUCAUCAAUCUUAAAUACCAAUAAAACAAGAACGAUUAGAUUAAAUUUAAUUAAAAUCAAAUCGUCACUCUCUUGUUAAAUUACUGUCUGAUGGUUCUUUGCCUCGUUCUAAUAGUAAAGUCCAUUCCAAUAAGAUCAUUCAAGACAAGAUCAGAAAACGAUUGCCCAUUCCAAACUUAUUAGAGAAUAUGUCUCCGAUACUCUGCAAAAAAAGUGUGAGAGUUGGAAAUGAUUCUAAUUCUACAAUGCUACCAUAAAUUGCUUGA